CCAGGUGACGUCCCUCCUCUCUGUAUCUCUGGAGUAGGUUUAUUUUGGUUUACCCUGUUCCCGUGCUGCCGCCAUUAGACAAAUCGGCACUGGAAAUGGGAAUUAGUACUUCAUAAGUUCCCAGAAAGCUCACUAAAAAAACCGGGGUUCGCGGAUAACAGGAUCGUUGCGGUGAAAAAGAGCACCCUGGCAGGCUGAGUGGCCUUUGGUCAGGCGUGAGCCAGCGGAGGGUGGGAGGGACGGGGACAUUUAGAAGUUCUGUUCGAGCGAGGAUGACUGAUUUCCAGCCAAAGUGGUGCUGCGAGUAUUGCACAUACGAGAACUGGCCAUCCGCCAUCAAGUGCACUAUGUGUCGCGCCCAACGACUUACCGGCCCCAUCAUCACCGAGGAGCCGUUUAAGAGCAGCCCAAGUCUCAACUCGCACCUGUGCUCCACUCAGGAGGGCUCCAGUGUUCUCAUCUGCCCUGAUUCUAGUGCCCGACCCAGAGUACGCGUGACCGAUGAGGCGCCAGAGAUCCCCAGCAAAUGGUCGUGCCACAUGUGCACCUAUCUGAACUGGCCGCGUGCCAUCCGCUGCACUCAGUGCCUCAGCCAGAGGCAGCAAGGGCCUCAGCAGGGGCCUCACAGGCCCUCAGAUGGCCCGCACACCUCUGAACCAGGCUGUCGACUUCCUGCACCAACAGCCCCUGACCCCUGUGAGGAAUACAACGACCGUAAUCGCCUGAACACGCGUGUACAGCACUGGGCUUGCUCAGCCUGCACCUAUGAAAAUUGGCCCAAGACCCUAAGGUGUGUAGUGUGUGACCACCCUAAGCCGAGUGAUGCCGUGCUGCAGGAGCCACAGCCCGAGACUACCAUGGCCCUGUCUAUAGUGAACGAGCAGGAACGGACAUCAGGGGGAGGGGGGGUGGGGGGCAGUAAAACGGCUCAGAGGAGGCUUUCGCCACCUGUGCCUGCUGGCCAGGCUGAAGUGCAGAUUGAGCUGGCGUCUGGGGCUAUGGGAGCCCAAGAAGAGCAUGAGACAGACUUUAAGAAACUCAAGCAGAUCAGGAACAGGAUGCGGAGGAGUGACUGGCUCUUUCUCAAUGCAUGCGCAGGUGUGGUGGAGGGCGAUUUGGCUGCAGUCGAAGCCUAUAAGUCAUCAGGUGGUGACAUCGCGCGUCAGCUGACCUCAGACGAGGUCCGCCUGCUGAAUCGUCCAUCUGCGUUUAACGCUGGCUUCACUCUGGUGCACCUCGCCAUCCGCUUUCAGCGCCAGGACAUGCUCUCUGUGCUCCUCACUGAGGUGUCUCAGCAGGCAGCUAAGUGUAUUCCAGCUAUGGUAUGUCCUGAAUUAACAGAGCAGAUUCGUCGGGAGGUGGCUGCCGCACUACACAGGCGUAAAGGAGAGUUUCCCUGUUACUUCUUCACUGAUAUCACUACCUUUACUCUUCCAGCUGAUAUUGAAGACCUGCCUCCUAAUGUCCAAGAGAAGUUGUUUGAUGAGGUGUUGGAUCGAGAUGUACAGAAAGAGCUCGAAGAGGAAUCUCCGAUCAUAAACUGGUCUUUGGAGCUAGGCACACGACUGGACAGCCGGUUGUACGCGCUUUGGAAUCGCACUGCAGGAGACUGCCUUCUGGACUCAGUGUUGCAGGCCACAUGGGGCAUCUACGACAAAGAUUCUGUACUGAGAAAGAGCCUGCAUGACAGCUUACAUGACUGCUCUCACUGGUUUUACACCCGCUGGAAGGAGUGGGAAUCGUGGUAUUCUCAAAGUUUUGGCUUGCACUUCUCUCUGAGAGAAGAACAGUGGCAGGAAGACUGGGCGUUUAUUUUAUCACUGGCCAGUCAGCCGGGGGCAAGUUUAGAGCAGACUCACGUGUUUGUGCUGGCCCAUAUCCUCCGCCGGCCGAUCAUCGUGUACGGCGUGAAAUAUUACAAGAGCUUCCGAGGGGAGACGUUGGGAUACACCCGCUUCCAGGGUGUGUAUCUGCCCCUGUUGUGGGAGCCGAGUUUUUGCUGGAAGAGCCCCAUAGCACUGGGUUACACACGAGGCCACUUCUCAGCCCUGGUCGCCAUGGAGAACGACGGCUAUGACAACCGUGGUGCAGGUGCUAACCUCAACACGGACGAUGAUGUCACGGUCACUUUUCUGCCUUUGGUGGACAGUGACAGGAAGCUGCUGCAUGUCCACUUCCUGUCUGCACAAGAGAUGGGAACAGAGGAUCAGCAGGAGCGUCUGCUGAGGCAGUGGCUGGACUGUUGCGUGACGGAGGGUGGAGUCCUGGUGGCGUUGCAGAAGAGCUCGAGGAGGCGGAGCCAUCCUCUCGUCACACAGAUGGUGGAGAAGUGGUUGGAUGGCUACCGGCAGCUGGGCACCUGUCCUGCCCUCUCAGAUGGCGAGGAGGAAGAGGAGGACGAAGAUGAGUGAGCAGGAGACGCUUCUCUUUAUUCAGAGACUUGGUGCACCUUUACCCCUCCUUGCGGAUAACACAUGUACACUAAUGUAACAUUUAUUUAUCCUUAUCAUAUGUACACACACCCCCACACCCCAUUCUUACUCUUCAGCAAGCCAGUGGUCUGUUCUCAUCUUUGAUGCAAAAAAAAAAGGAAAAAGAUUUUGGCCCAUGUGAAAUAAAAGAACUUAGGUUACAAAUGGUACAUGCCUUACAGAGUAUACCCUUUGUUUUAUUCAAGUUAUUAAUUCUAGAUUUGCUUUUGGAAGCAAGAAUUGAAGAAAUAAGAUUUUUCAAUAGUUAUGCUAAGGGCACUUAAGCACACCUUUUUUUAUUAUUUGCUUCAGCUCAUUUUAAAUUUUAGUUGUUGGUAAAAACCUUUCAUAUAAUUUGAGAUCAGUCUUUUGUCACAAUCCAUUGACAUAUUUAUUUACCUGUAUGAUAGUUUGUGAGCUACAGAAAUGAAUACAUACCACUGUAUGAUAAACGUCUUGACCUCUUGUGCAUGAGGAAUUCGACUGCAAACUUGAUACAGAUGUCUGUGGGUAGUCGGCACUCUGUUCAUGCUCACAAAACAGAGCUAGCCUUUCCAAAUGGAUCAUUCUUUUAAGUUGGUUGUUAAUGCUGAAUGUUACACUACAUGUACAUGAAGUCUUGGUUCUACAUACUGUAACACUUGGGUGUCUGGUCACAUCUGUUUGCAGUUUAUUAGGUGUUCUGAUUUUUUUUUUCUGCUAAUAUUCUCUGGAUGUGCUUGUUAAUAUUACAUUCAUUCAAAGAUUUGACUGAAACCAAAGUGAACAUUGGUCUGUGGUCUUGCAGUGAUCAGGCUUGUUUGUUUUGAUGUCUUCACCCCUUCUUGUGGCUUUUAUGUUCAAUCUAGUACCUCACCUAGGUUUAAAGGACACCCUCAAGUUCUCAUUUUCUGUUAUUAUACAAUUAUGUCAUAUCUUUGGCAUAUAUUGUAUGUCUCUGAUGUGUGAUAAGGUGGAGACCAAAUCAUUGAAGGAUUAUAAGCUGAAUGUCUAACAAGUAAAGCUUCUUUAAAACCGUUUGUUUUUUAAAAGCAGUGUAUGUGAAGUCUUGUCACAGCAGUGUCAAGGUUGUCUGUCUGUUUUAGUGUGUUCAAGGCCCCUGCAGGAGGAAUACAUGUUUUAUAUUGGAUUUCUUAAAGGUAAAAUAGGUGACAAUUGUACUGCCAGUUUCUACACAAGACUACUAAAUGUAAUUGGAAUACAUUUUAUUUUCAAGAGGCAGAAGUAACAUCCAACCCAAACAGAAGCAAGCGUAAUAAAAAGAAGUGUUUUUUGUAUGAUGGGGCUCACAUUUGGCCAUUGCCAACUUAAAGGUAGAGGCCCUCUGGGGUCCCUUCCUGUUUUUUGUAGAGCACGUUCUCUUUAGACUUCUUGAAGUCUUCAUUUGUUACUUUCAUCCUCCUCUCCCUCAAGGCCAUAAGCCCUGCUUCUGUGCAAAUCGCCUGAGAAAAACAUGUGUGAAAUUCAUUAGUCCACACAUUUUAACUAAAUUGCUCAUGUCUACAUCACAACUUUCAAUAAUCAAAAAUAAUUAGCGAUAUGAUGCAGAAGGUGGCAGUAGAGUUAUUCAUCUGUUGAACAAUUUGCAUGAACAAAGGCACAGGUGCAGUUAUAGUAAUUGCAGUAAGGGCUUGAAGUAAUUAGUUGACACUAUUUUAUAGAAUAUCUAAAACAUGGAAAUGCUAGUCCUAAUUUGAUUUCUUCAGGACCUUACCUUUAUGUCAGCGCCAGAAAGGUCAUCUUUAGCGAGGAUAAGGUCAUCGAGGGUUACGUCAGCUGCCAAAGUCAUCCUGCUGGUGUGAAUCUGGAAGAUUCUACGCUUGGUCUUCUCAUCAGGCAGUGGGAACUCAAUCUUACGGUCGAUUCUACCUGCAGAACCACACAACAUUUUCAGUCUUGAAGCAAAGAUACGAUGUAUAUGUUCUGAGAACGAUUCAUAGAAGGAAGGGAACAACGAUCGGACUUAAAAAUGAUCACAAGCCCAGAUAGUAACAAUCUGAAUGCACUGAACACAGCAUGUUAGCUCAGCAACCGACCUGGACGGAUGAGGGCGGGGUCAAGUGUUUCUAUCCGAUUAGUAGCCAUGAUUACUUUGACGUCACCACGGGAGUCAAAUCCAUCCAGUUGGUUCAGGAGCUCAAGCAUGGUCCUCUGGAUCUCUCUCUCUCCACCGGAGUUGGAGUCGUACCUACACAGGGCACAUUGCAAAACACCAACUUAACUCACGCAAUCAGGAAAAUGUACUAAAACAAAUUAUUUUGUCAAAGCUAAAUCUGCUCCAUUAUAAUAUGUUGGUAAUGCUGUAAAUGUGUCACUUUUUAUGACUUGACUAUAUUAAAUUUGUCUAAAGGCUAAAUCACACUACACAACUUGCUGACGGGAGUCUUGGAAGUCGUCGUAGUGUUCACACUACGUGAUUACUCGGGGGUCACCCACUACACAAUCCAACUGUCACCCCACGAGACUAUCUGGUGUACAAACUACACUGUCACGAAAACAUGCGAAACGUGACAGACAUAUGACGAGAAAGCCAUGCACUAAACAGAAGUUGUUUAUUUGAAGAUGAACGUAGGACAGAAACAGUGCGAGCUGUUUGCGUGAAGAUCCGUGCUGAAGAAACACCAAAAAGGAAAAGACGAAGAAAGUGAUUGAAAGAAUGGAUUAUAUGUACAUCAUCUCCUCUUUAUUUUUCUACCAUAGGUUUCACAGGUUUCCCUUCCUCAUGGUGACCUCACCCCAUGCCUUGCUCUCUCACUGGCUGUAGCUCGUCAUUGCAAGCACUGACAAUGAAGACACUUUUCACACCAAAGGAUGUGGAGUUGCCCGACAGCUCCAGAUAUUUAGCAUGUCAAAUAUCUGUCUGGCGUUGGCGAAGUGUCCGUGAGCCUCUUUGAUGCAUCGUUGAGUAGUUCACACAAUGAUCGAUUGCCGAUUUGACUCGGAUCAAAGGGCUUUUGUCGGUGAGCUUGCUGACUUGCAAAUCCGGCUUAAAAUCACGUAGUGUGAACUAAGCUUUAGGUAAUGGUUAAGGCAGUAAAUUCAAAGAAAUACCAUACAUAUUUCAUGGAGUAAUAUUUACUUCGGUAAUGUGCACAUAAGUAUCUGAACUAUCUUUAAGAAGUGAUAUAUAGGCAUAACACAUUAACAUUAUAACAAAACACUGAAGGAAAAAACAAAAAAAACAACAAAAAAAAACCUGACAACUUAGGCUGUGUCCGAAUAUCCCUACUGCCCAGUAGGUGAAAAGCAGUACACCAAAGGAGUAAAAUGUCCGAAUUCUCAGUAUUCAUAAAACAGUAGGCGUGACUGACGUGUUUCCGCUGUGAUUCUGCAGUAUGGAACCAUUGGACACUGGCGCUAUCCCAUAAGGUAGUCAGCGCUGUCAGAAUUCACGCCGUGUAGUACGUCCGGAUCGUAUUCACGCUCAACACUUAUACUGAUCAGUAUGUACGGUUUCUGAACGUUUUUUCCCGUAGGUACUGAAUGGAAAGCAGUAGGUACUGUCACGGUAUGCGAGUUCAGAUGCAGCCUUAGAGAGCAGGCAGUUGUUUGGUCCAGCCUUGCAUUCAUCACUCUUUAGUGCUGUUUAAGUGAAGAAGUGCUAUUGUAUCUACAAGAGACACUAAUCUGGUAGUAUGUAUGAGAAAACAGAUCAUUCCGCUGCUAUUUAUGCUAUUCACUAUUUAUAAUAAAGCAUGCCUAUUCCAAAACCCAAAACUGUAUAUACAAGCAUUAUGAUUAAAUGAAGAGAGAUGGGAAAUCAGCAAACAACAAAUAUUUUUUUUUAGAUUUUGUUGUAUCGUUCCAGUUACAUCAGUAGGAUAAAAUGGUGCACACUGUAUGAACACUGGGAGGCUUCUAUGACUGUUGAGAAUAAACAUUCCUACCAACUGCACACAUCUGUCUUACCUUUUUGUUCCUAUGGCGUCAAUCUCAUCAAUGAAGACUAUGGAGGGGGCAUGCUCCUCUGCAACUCUGAAAAGCUCUCGGACUAGUUUGGGACCAUCGCCCAGGUAUUUCUGAAUCAGCUCUGAACCCACCACCCUCAGGAAUGUGGCAGAUGUCUGAUUGG